GUCUAAUUCUCGGUGAGUUGUCGGUAAUUGCUGGACCGUGGUGACCUGCUGAACCCCUGUAACGGAGCUCAGAGAACCGCUGUAUAGAGUACCCCCACCACACACACGCACACACACACACGCACGCACAUAGAGAGAGAGAAAGACAGAGAAAACAACCCCGCGCGCAGCCUCGGCACAAGACGAAGGAGAAGAAGAGGAGGAAGAGGAGAACAGAGCGCGCGCUGGAGGCGACACCUGUCAAGUCGUUACUAAACACAGUUGGUUUAUUUAUAACAGACUGGGGCGCCCUGAAGACUUUGGGGAUAACCCGAGGUGGAAAUAGAGAUUAGUCGCACCUAUUGCCGCUGUUUUGCGCCCAGGGGAGAGAAACGGAGCCUUUUGAGGGGAGAAAAAAAGGAGAGUGUAGCAUUAUCGUUAUGACAAGCCGUUUUGGAGUUGAAGUUGACGCAGGUUAGAUGUUGGCUGACGGGAACUGACUGACAGCGAGAACCGGGAGCAAAAAGACGUGGGAGAGAAAAAAACGGGACUUUAUCCGAGGUUGGUGCUGACUAACACUCAGCCUGCUAUCCUGCUGAAGCGAACGCCACUGAGAUCUACCUUUAGGAUAACAGACGGCAGUCCAUUUCUUCUAACCUGUGGGGGAACCUUUCACACUGCGCCACGUGACUGGCCAGCACUGCGCUCCUUAGAGUGGAUUUCAUACAGUACACACUGUCAUCUGGCUUUGCUGCCUCUGGAGAUGAUCUGUGUGUACUGAAAAGGAAGCGAUCAAACGUUUAGCAGAGGAGCGAGAGGCUGAAACUGAGAGGGAAUCCAAAUCUUACAGCCUGUAGUCUGUACCAGGUCAACUUGUCCAUCACAGCCUCCAAACGUGCUCAUUACCAUCACUGAGCUGUGAAAUUUAUGUUCUAAUAAUUGUUAGAAUACAACCAGUAAUAACAGAUCAGAUUUUCCUGAGGACUUUCUGCUGGAUUUUUCUGAGCUGUGGAAAUCCUACUGAUUGUCAGCCCACUGCUCGUUAAUUAAGACCGCUACCUGGCAAUUCAAAGCAAGUGUAGCACAGCACAGGACUAUUUUUGCAUGACCCACUGCUUGCAUGAAUAUCCAGGAUUGCUUUUGACUUCCAAGAAGGACCCUUGAGCCCUCAACCAUCUUCUGACUGUUUGCCAAACUGUAGCAGUUGGGUGUGGGGGGGUUGUUUCAGAAUUAGGCCUCUGGACACUCAUUGAAGAUGACUUGAGUUGGCAGGCCUAAAAGCCCCUUACCCAGAGAGAGAGAGAAAGAGAGAGAGAGAGAGAGCUUGGCAGCAGGACACACAGGCACACACACACGACGCACAAAUGUGGGUGCCGAGGCGGCUUUGAGCCAUGCUGGUGUUGCUACUCGUGGAGCCCUGGAGUACAGGCUAUCAUCAUCCCUAUCAUCAUUCACCCAAGCUGAGGAAGAUUCAACGGCCCCAAGGAACAAGGCUACACUUCUGAACGAUUCAAAGACGACUGGGAAACUGUGCUUACACACACACACACAGAGAUCCACAGCGGCAUCCUCAAUCACACAUAUAGACACACUAAUACUCCUCCCCACAAAUCCUUGAUCCAGGAAAAACAAAGCUGCGGCGGACGUGAAAGGCACAGAGACUGAACAGUCAGGAGCUGUGUACCAACAUGGCAGCUGAGAGUCUUGCUGAGCUCCGCGAUUGGCUCUUUCUGCUCCUCCUGUGCCUCACGUUACUGGCUGAGGUGCUGGAACUGGCGGCAGCGGCAAUUGCCAUGGAGACAGGCGAAGGAGAUGAGGGCAUUGUUUGUCCCUCAGUGUGCCGCUGUGAUGAGGGUUUUGUCUACUGCAACGACCGUGGCCUCAGCUUAAUUCCUCCACUACCGUUAACGGCUGCCAUCCUCUACUUGCAGAGCAACCGGCUGAGUAACGCCGGGCUGCCUCCCUCACUGGAACGCAGCACCUCCAUACGAGUGAUUUACCUGUAUGCCAACCAGUUGGAUGAAUUCCCUAUACACCUCCCGCCGUCGUUACGGGAGCUCCAUUUGCAGGAUAAUAAUAUACGAACGUUACCGCGGUCAGCUCUGGCCAAGUUACCAUUACUAGAACGUUUACACCUGGAUGAUAACUCUAUAUCCACAGUUAGCAUCCAGGAGAGAGCUUUUUCUGGGACUCCACGGCUUCGACUGCUGUUUCUGUCUCGGAACCACCUGUCAAGCAUCCCGGCAGGCUUGCCAGCUUCCUUGGAAGAGUUGCGACUGGACGACAACAGGAUCAGCACCAUCCCCACACAUGCCUUCCGGGGGCUCUCCUCGCUGCGACGCUUGGUCCUGGAUGGGAACCUGUUGGCAAACACACGCAUUGCAGACGACACCUUUUCUCGUCUCUCCAACCUGACUGAGCUGUCACUGGUGAGGAAUGCCCUGCAGUCACCACCUGUCAACCUGCCUUCGGCUCACCUGGUACGACUCCAUUUGCAAGACAACGGAAUGACCCACAUACCAAGGGGUGCGCUGGAUGGGAUGCGGCGGCUACAGAGGCUGGACCUGUCAGGGAACAAUCUGACCAGUCUCCCCCGAGGACUUAUGAAGGACACAGAAAGCCUGGAGAUGCUACUUUUGCGAGGAAACCCCUGGUACUGCGGCUGUAACCUUCGCUGGCUACACGCCUGGCUUCACGGCCGGGGGGCAGCAGUGACGGUCAGAGGUCUGACCUGUCAGGGGCCCGAGCCUGUAAGGGGCCAGAUCCUAAGAGACCUAACCUCCCUCAUGGAGCAGUGCGAAGGCCCCCCUGCAGGUCCCAGUGCUGGAGUCGGGGUAAACCCAGCAGAAAAAGAUGGAGGAGGUGAAGAUGGUGUUGGAGGGGGCCAGGCAGUGGCUUCAGUGCCCCAUGGCAGCACCACCACUACCUCUCUCUUGGUCCCCACACAAGGUUCCCUGUUUACCCUGCGAGCCAAGCGGCCGGGCCUUGUUAUGCCUCUGCCUCCCAGUGAAGGAGGACAGGUAUCUGGAGAGGCCUUGGAGCUGACUGUAAAACCUCUCUCUUCGGACAGUGUAUUGGUCAGUUGGCUGUGCCCACAGCCGGCACCCUCCUUCCGCCUGUCAUGGCUGAGGUUGGGUAGCAGUGCAGCUCUUGGUUCAAUAACAGAGACUUUGGUUCCUGGAGAGAGGAGACAGUACCUCCUUACCCAGCUCACCCCACGUUCACAUUACCUCAUCUGUCUGUUGCCACUACGACAGGAGCCCUCCUUUGGGGGUUCCAGCAUGGGUUCAUCUCGAGCUAGUAGCAUGGACACGGACAGUAAAGACUCGGCCCCGGCCUGUGCUCAGAUAGAGACUGGAGAGGCUCUGGUCAGCUCAGGAGGGGAGGGGUCAGAUAAAGAGGGACAGGACUCAGAGCUAACAGCCCUGCCAUUGGCUGGGAUCAUAGGGGGUGCCACAGCAUUGGUAAGCCUGCUGUUAAUAUUUGGCAUCUUCUGCUGGUAUGGACAGAGAGCAGGUUACAUGUCCGGGGACUCAGGCUCAUACAGCAGGGGUCGGGGUGGAAAACAUUAUGAUGACUAUGUAGAGUCAGGCACCAAGAAAGACACUUCCAUCUUAGAGAUCAGGGCCCCUCCUGCAGGGUUUCAGAUGACUGCUAUGGCCCAUCAGCCACUGCAGCCGAAGCUGGAGGAUGUCACCUACAUCCACACCAUUUUCCCCUCCUCUUCCUCUUCUUCCCAAGCUAACGGGACCUACCGGAGCAGCCACGGAGCGGGCAGCCUCAACGGCACCAUCCUCAGCCAAACCAGCCACCAUCAUGUCACUUAUGGCACCAACCGUGGCUACAGAGAGGGUGGCAUUCCCGACAUAGAUUAUGCCUACACGUGAUGAUACAGGGACACACUCCCUGAGCCAUGAAAGCCAGACGUCAUUUCUAAGGAUGACGACCCUUGGCUAGUGGCUAUUUUGUCCUUGGUUUCCAAAGUACCCUCUGUGCCUCUGCUGGUUCAAUUCUGAUUGGUUUGCUAAGUAGAAAAGACUGAUUUCAGCUUUAUUGAUUGGACAUUGCUAUUGAGUGACAGAAGUUACAGUCCUACUAUACUCUGCUACUGUAUACGACAUUAUACAGUGGGCCCUUCUUUCGGCGCUACUUAUAGUUAUAAAUGGUUACGUUUUCUCUUUUGGAUAUCUCAGUGUCUUUCAAACCUACUGUUCUUCUCAGCUCAUAAUAAUACACAGUAACUUAUUUGAGGUUGAUAUACUAGGCUUAGCUGAUUUAGUGGGAGAUAUAUUUAUAAUAUGAGGAAAAGGCACUUGAUGUGUAUAGAGAUAGCGCUCAUAUCUUCCUACCAACUGUAAGCUCUGUGCUGUAUAGAUAAAAAGGAUGACGGGGGGAGAAAUCAAUGGCUGUUAUAACCCACAGAUGACAAUGCAUCAUGGUUGACAUGAAAAGAUGUGUUCCUAGCCCCCUUCCUUUCCUCUGGUUUACUCCCCUCCUUUUUAAUUUUUCCUCCUUUCCACCUCUUUUUUUUGGCUGAGGCUCUUUCCUUUUAUUUCUCUCAUGUCUUUUGUGGUGCCGUGAGCAGAGGACGACUUUGUUCUCGUCAAGGGAGCUGACAGCAGUGAUAACAGUUCUGACAGAGACGGGAGACACAAACCACAGCAUGAGGAGACUAAUGAGAGGGAGAGAGAGAGAGCGAGAGAGUGGGGUGUGAUGAAUAGAUGGAUGGAUGGGGGGGAGAACAUAAAAGAAGACAAGGGGAGAGAAAGAAGGGUGCUGUUUUGGGCAUAGAGAUGCUGAGAGGUGUGUUGGCUUAAGGCAGAGUGCAAGGACAGAAAAGGAGAGAAAAAAGGAAGAUAAGUGAAAAAAGGGCGUGUGACAAAUGCAGCGGCAGGAGGUAAAAAAGCAGACAAAAGGAGAAGAUGGGGGAUCGAGAAGAGUGUGGGCGGGGUAAAGAAGAGGGGUGACAAUUGGAGUAAUGUAACAUCUUCAUCCAAAAAAAUGGCUCAAGUUUUACCCACAGUGUAUCCAUUACUGCACUCUGCAAAUAACCGAGUGAUAACAGGCACCAGACUUCCUUCAAAGAUUGUGAUCAUUACAAGUGAAAGACUUACAGAAAAGAACAACACAAGGAGAAGAGGCAUGGCAAGACAAUCAGAGAAACACAUUUAAAAAAAAAGUCAAAUGACUAGCCUGACAAAAACAGCUAUUUAAAAAAUCUCCCUCUCAAAAUUUAGAAAAAGCUGCUGCAUGUACCCAGUUUCUAUUGUGGUCUGGUCUCAUUACUAAAUUACCUUUGCAAAUGAAGAGAGAGAAACUUAAUCAUACAUCCUAUAAUAGUAACCCCAUUAUGUUCUAGUGGCUGGUUAAAUUUCUUUUCAAUGAAAAUUUCAAUAAAAUGCUGUAGCAGCUUAUCUUUUGGUGGAAGUCAGAACUAUUGUGGUCAAAUUACUGUUUACUAAAAUUCCCUCAUAACAAACUAUCUUUUCAAUGUUAUUAAGAAAUUUCUAACUGUUUUUAUUGGUAUUAAAGGAAAAGGUUCAAAUACAGGAGGGUGUGAGUGAGUAAUGUGGAUAAAAAUAUCUAUCACAGUAUGUGUCAUUUUAUAUUGUGAUGUUCAUAUAUAUAUAUA